AUGAAGUUGCUCGCCGCGUUUUUGGCGCAGGGCGUUCUCUCGAAUGAAGAAGUCACGAGAAUAAGAGUCGAUGAGGGAGGGACGGUCACGCUUCCUUGCCAAAUUCCUGCUGAUGCAGUGUCGCCUGUAGUAGAGUGGUACCAGUCUGAUGCUCGGAUCGCAAAGAGGCUUGAAGAGCGAGUCAAACUUGUACGAUCAUCCCCACUUGUUGAGAGAGUCAAAGUCAGCCUCGUUCCUGGAUCAGCUGAUCUAACCCUCUCUGAUGCAUCAGCUAUUGAUGAGGGAAUAUACAAGUGCGAAAUAUAUUCUGCGAUAACUGGACAAGUAGAAAUCAUCAACAAUAUUAAUCUUGAGGUUUCAGUACAAGAGUCUUCUGGACAGUUUGAUCCGUUGGACAUGAUAAUUGAAGGCUCUGGAAUGAUGAUGGAGUCAUCUGGUUCAGACGACGUUCCAGUUGUUGAAAUAAGCGAAGAUGCCUUGGACGAAAGCUCUGGUGACGCUACCGUCAUUCUUGAAGAUGAACUCGAGCCUGACGUUGAAAAUAGAGGUGAAACUCCAAUAAUCAUUGGCGAAGAAAGCUGUGCCACAGCAUGCAACAUGAACGAGAUCUUCUAUAAUGGAGAAUGUCACGUUGUUGACCUUUGCAGUGUGCUUGGUAUUUGCGACGAAAACUCCACUUGUCAAAAUAACAAAAAUGGUCCCCCCACUUGUCUUCCAUUCGACCCAUGUUCCGGAAAUCCUUGCUCAUCAAUCGAAGGCUCAACCUGUGUUGGUAAAGGAUCAGACUUUUCCUGCAUCUGUGAAGACGGUGCAAAGGCAGAAAAUGACACAUGUGAUCGAAAUCCUUGCGACAACCUCUCUUGCCAGUCAUGUGAGUCUUGCUACAAUUUCGAAUCUGGUGCGCGCUGCGUGAAAAAAUCCGGUUUUGAUCAUUCCUCACCAACCUGCUCUGAUAUCGAUGAAUGCGAACUAGGGUAUGAUCGAUGUGAUGUCAAAUCUAAUUGUAUCAAUCUUAUUGGAAACUAUUGGUGUCAGUGUCAUGUUGGUUAUGCUAAAAACAAUGGAAAAUGUGCUGAUGUCGAUGAGUGCGCUGGUGAAAAUGACUGCGAUCACAUUUGCGAGAACACAAUCGGCAGCUACUCCUGCUCCUGCAACUCUGGCUACGCUCUUCAAUCCGACGGCCGCACUUGUGAAGACAUAGACGAAUGCGCUGCUGGCAUUUGUGGAGACAACGCGAGCUGCGAAAAUAUUCCUGGAAGCUACGUCUGUGAGUGCGAUGAGUUUUACGAGCAAGAUUUGGAGAAAGACUUCUUUCACUGUCUUGACGUCGACGAGUGCGCGUUUGACGAGCCUUACUGUGGUGUGAACUCUGACUGCCUUAACAAUAUCGGCUUUGAACCAACCUGCACAUGUCAUUCUGGCUACUCGAGUGAAGAUGGAAAGAACUGUCAGGAUAUUGAUGAAUGCGCGCUUGUUGGUACAUGCAUGUGCCGACAUGAAAACUGCCAAAACACGAUUGGAUCAUUUGAAUGCGUCUGUGAUGCUGGCUACGAGUAUGAUGACCUUGGAAACUGUAUCGAAAUCGACGAGUGCCUUCUUGAACAAUACAAAUGCGCUGGAAGCCAAAUUUGCGUUGAUCAUGUUGGAUUCGCUGAAUGUGUCUGCCCGGUCGGUUACACAGUUGAAGAGCACGGAUGUGAUGAUAUCGAUGAAUGUGCAGAGGAGCCUUGUGCGGAACACGAAAUCUGCUUGAACAGCCCUGGUUCAUUCAAAUGCAAAUGUGAGCAUGGGUAUGAAAAAGUAUGCGACGACAACUCUGAUGAAGAGGGUUCUGGAUCUUGCCCCUGAUUUGAAGGCGAUGGAAAGACCUGCGCUGACAUUGACGACUGCGCGACGGUUGACUGUGGGGAAAACACGGAAUGCAUAAACGUUAUCGGAUCUUACGAAUGCUCAUGCUUAGGCGGAUUCGAAAUCGGCGAAAAUGGCUGCGAAAAUAUCGAUGAAUGCGCACGAUCUCCAUGUGAUGCUAAUGAGGUUUGUGUCGAUAGCGAUGGAAGCUAUUCUUGCAACUGCGCGGACGGUUUCAUAAGAGAAGAUGAUGAUGAAGAAUGCCGAGACAUUGAUGAAUGUGAGAAUGAUCCAUGUGGAGAGAAUUCUGUUUGCCGAAACUUUGACGACUUCCCAGAAUGUGAUGAGAGAAUGACUCAAAGUGGCAAAGCCAUCUGUUUUGGAACUCAUCAAACAUGCGUUGAGACGGAAGGCUCAUUUGAGUGCGCUUGUGCUGAGGGUUUCUCGAUGGAAUCGGGAAAAUGUGUUGACAUUGAUGAGUGCGAAAACGAUGUCUGCCCAGACCUCUGCGUGAAUUUUGUUGGGGGCUAUCGGUGCGAAUGCAAUGUUGGCUUCGGUGUUGUCAACAAUAACGAGUGCGCUGAUAUUGACGAAUGUCUCCAAGAUGUAGACUCUUCUCUUUGCGUCAAAGACAGCAGCUGUGUCAAUGGUAUUGGCAGUUACGAGUGUGCUUGCAAUCAAGGCUACGAAAAGAAUGAAGAAGGAUUCACUUUGGCCGAAGAUGGAAAGACUUGCGUCGAUAUUGACGAGUGCGCCGAUAGUGGAUAUUGCGGCGAGAGCGAAUGCAAGAAUUCGAUUGGAAGUUAUGAAUGUUACUGCCUUGAUGGAUUCAGACUCAACGCGGGAAGCUGUGAAGAUAUCGACGAAUGCGCACUUUCCCCGUGUGAUGAUAACGCUGCGUGCAAGAACUACGAUGGAAAAUUUACAUGCACGUGCUUCGAAGGAUUUCAUGGGGAUGGUUUCUCUUGCGAGAAAUCUGCGAGUAUGGAAAGAGCAGAAAUACCGGAAGCACCAGUUUUAUGUGAAGAUAUUUCAAGCUCAUCGUCAUCUUCUAGUGUGAGCUGUCCUCAUGGUUGGUCACCAAUCGGAGACGAAUGCUUCAAAUAUUUCAACGAACAGUCAACUUACCACAAGGCUAAGUCAGUUUGCCACCGCUACGGUGCAAAAUUGAUUCAAGAAUGUCCAAUCUAUGGAACGGUCGUUGAUCGACUCAGGCUCAAAAAUGAGAUUUGGAUUGGUCUUGAACGUCUUGAUAAUGGAAACUGGACUUGGAGCGAUGGCGCCGGGAACAAAGAUGUUCGUUGGGCGAAGGGGUGGCCGCGAACUGAUUCCCGUAGCAUGACUGACGAUGCUGCAGAGCGAGAUUGCGGAGUUCUAGUGAUGCGCAAUGCUAUCAUGAACAUGGAGUGCGAUUUGACCUUCUCUUACAUCUGCCAGGCGCCAGCAUUAGAAUGCGCUCUGCCGCAACAAGAUACGUGGCCAGCCGGAGCAGUGGCUCAAACUUCGAAUAAACAUGCUUUUGCACUCAAGGAAAGCGUCACUUUUGAAUGCCCAGAAGGCACAGUUCUCGUCGGGGAAAGGUCCAUCACAUGCGAAACUGAUGGAGAAUUCACACCCAUUAGCUUUUCAUGUGUUAAAGCAUGUGAUCCACUCCCUUCGUCGUUUGGCGAGGAUCUUGGAGUCGGCACAGUAGUCGCCUUCGCAUGCUUGAAUUUCAACAUUAAACCUGUUGGUAAUCCAACUAUUCGAUGCCAAGAGGAUGGUACUUGGACAAAGGCUGAUUUUAGCUGUUCUUCUGUUUGCCACAGGCCAAAUGAACUCCCAAACUCUCUGCAGUAUCAGCUUAUCGGAAAAGAUGAGGUUGCUCUGGACACCUCUGCUGAUCGAUUCAAAGCUGGAGACAAAAUCAUCUUCCGUUGCAAAGAAGGCUUCAAGAUGAAAAACCCAGACCGUCUGUAUACUGCGACAUGUGAAAAAUCCGGCUUCUGGAGCAACCGAAAUGUCAAAUCUUGCAUGCGAGGCUGUCACGCGCAUGAUGUGCCAGAUGUUCCUAACAGUAGAAUGUUUGGAAAGAGCAAGAACAGAAGCAGAAGCAAUCGAGUACACAAGAUUGGGGAAAAGAUUCAUUUCUUGUGCAAAAAGGGUUACUUUGCUUUAUCGCCCAAAGGUGCUCCAGCGCAACCUCCAACGCUCGAGUGCACGAAAAACGGAUGGCGACAUCAGCACAACUCGGAAUGCUUCAUUAAUAAUCCAAAUCGAAGAAAAGGGAGAAAAGGUCGACAAGGUCGACAAGGCUAA